AUGCGCACAUCCAGGGGCGCUGGAGGUAACGCUGAGGCCGGCGGCCCUCUCUGCCGCUCCCAGAAGGCCACUGGUGCCAGCCUACGACCAGAGGACCACGCCUGGGCUGAGCGGGAACAUCUGCCGAUGGCACAAAAUUUGUAUUGUUACAAGAGUGUGUCCGUGAUUAUAGAAGAUUAUCCAAUCACAUUUAACUGGACUACAGAGAAAGUUGAGACUUGUGACAAUGGGGCAUUGUGCCAGGAAUCCCUGCUACUUAUUAAAUCAGGAACCAAGACAGCAAUUUUGGCCUCUAAGGGCUGCAGCUCCGAAGGGUCACAGGCAAUAACAGUUAUCCAGCACUCUCCACCCCCCAGCAUAAUGGUGGUCUCCUACAGUAACUACUGUGACCACUCCUAUUGCAACAACAGAGAGACCUUACCUGAGAGAUGGAUUUCAGAGAUGAUCCCAGCUCAGAAUAUGUCGUCAACCCUCCGUUGCCCAACCUGUGUGGCUUUGGGGUCCUGCUUGAGUUCACCUUUAUUUCCCUGUCCCAAUGAAACAACUCAGUGCUAUCAAGGAAGACUUCGGGUCGCUGGAGGAGACAUCCACUCAACUUUGGAGGUCAAAGGCUGUAUGUCCGUGCCUGGUUGCAAGCUGAUGUCUGGGAUAUUCACAAUAGGACCCAUAUGGGUGAAGGAAAUAUGUCCAUACCAAUCUCUCAUUCAGUCCCGAAAUGUUGAAAAUGGGGCCACCACCUGGCUUCCCAUUUCAGUUGGGAGGCUAGAGCUACUGCUGCUGCUAUUGCUGUAA